UCGGCAGCAUUAACAGUUUGGGAAGAGACUCUGUUUUAAACACACAGCACACAGAGCGGAGCCAGCUCUGUGUGCGCAAACACACAGAAACGCACUGACACACUCACAUACAUGCACAGGGAGAAAACGGGAGGUGGACCGAGGCUCCAGCUGUAGCAUGUCCACUGGCUGCAGUCAAACAUGUAGGAGGAGGAGGUGCUCUGCUCGGCAAUCCAUGUCCGCUUCAGUGCUCUAAGCACCUCCCACCCCCCCCUCUGAAUUGGUUGCUGAGGGGCUGGCUGGAAUGACCCGGGAGAACGUGAGACACAAGGAGAUGCGCUAGAGGGGGCUGCCAGCCGGGAGGACUCUCUGAUCCUUGAUCCAUCCUCUUUUCCAUGCUGACAGAUACAAGGCAGACCUCUGAUUUGCCCCACAGAUACAUGCCCAUAUAGGAGGGCACUGCUGUGUAGACCAAGGGUCUUCAUAGAGCACAGUCUCAGAGAGGACUACCACAGAGACACGCAGGGACACAUACCACCAACCAGACACUUGUGUGUGUUUGUGUGAGUGUUUGUGGGAGACCCGCUUUAAAAAAGGAACCUCCCGUCCACCAGUCAGCAUUCAGAGAUCGUGAAUGAUAGGGAAACAGAGAGCAGCAUUUGCAGUGCAACCCUGUCCCAUGCUGCUCCCUUCUAUCAGGGAAUGGCCAAGGUCCAGGAUGGACACACGAACGCAUGUGACAGCUCUGCAAUGUUAGAGGAGACCCAAGAUGGUAUGGACAGUGGUACCCUAAGUCCUGCCUCCGCUCGACAGGUCACUAUCCAGCGCCACCCGACUCAAGGCUUCGGCUUCGUUGCAGGCAGCCAGAGGCCUGUCAUUGUACGCUCCGUCUCGGCUGACGGCCCCUCUUUUGGCAAGCUUCUCCCUGGAGACCAGAUCUUGGCCAUUAACGAGGAGACGGUGAGCGACGCGCCCCGAGAGAGAGUCAUAGACCUUGUAAGACGCUGCAAAGACACAAUAGUUCUCACUGUGCUGCAGCCCCAUCAGUCACCUAAGUCAGCCUUCAUAAGUGCAGCCAAAAAGGCCCGCCUGCGAACCAACCCGCCAAAAGUGCGCUUUUCAGAGCAAGUGUCCAUCAGCGACCCAGACUCAACAAUGCUCAAGGACGACUCCUUGCUACUCAUACCAAAUGUGUUGAAGGUGUUCUUGGAGAAUGGACAGAUUAAGUCCUUUACAUUUGAUAGCCGUACCACUGUUAGGGUAUGUAUUUCCCACAGCUCUGUGGUACAUCGAACCUAUUUCCAAGGGAUGAAGUGUCUGUUCCGCAUCUGCUUCUUCCCAAAGGACCCUGCAGACCUGCUGAGAAGAGACCCCGCUGCAUUUGAGUACCUCUAUAUACAGAGUCGCAAUGAUGUCAUCAAGGAGCGCUUUGGCAUGGACUGGAAAUCUGACAUCAUGUUACGCCUGGCUGCGCUUCAUAUCUACAUCACUGUGUCCUCCGCGCGGCCCAAUCAGAAGAUCUCUCUCAAGCAUGUUGAAAAAGAGUGGGGACUAGAGCCUUUUCUUCCCCUUACUUUGCUUCCAACAGUCAAGGAGAAGAAUGUGUGCAAGAGCCUGUCUCAGUUGCUGAAGACCUACCAGCAUCCACCACCAUCGGGCAACAAGGUCCCUCCUCUCCAAGGAAAGCUGCAGUACAUGCGUGUACUCAACGACCUCCCACCUUUUGGUGGAAUACUUUUCCACACCGUUGGACUGGAUGAGAAACAAUCAGCUACAACACUACUGGUGGGUCCUCGACAUGGCAUUAGUCAUGUGAUUGACCUAAAAAACAACCUCACAACUGUUCUGGCAGAGUUCAGUAGGGUUGCCAAGAUCCAGCUCUACCGAGAGAGCCUGGGAGUGGCUCGUGUGGAGGUGACAAUCCAUGAGGCCAAGCCCCUGGUCCUACUAAUGGAAUGGCCUGAUGCCAGUAACUUUGCAUGCCUCAUCUCUGGCUACUACAAGCUGUUUGUAGACCCUAAACGGACCAUCUACUUCCGGACCCCUGGUCAGUCCCAGCUGACCAAGGCAGAUUACAGAAGCUCCCACCAUGCUCAUCCACGUUCUGGGGCAACCAGCUUGCCAAGUGGAGGGCGGCGAGGGGACGAGAGGGAAAGCUCACACAGGGAGUCAGGGUCUUCAAGGGCCAUAGUCCCAGCAGAGCCUCAGCAUCUGGGCCUGUGUCAUGUUCACCUUCGAGAACAACAACAAUUUCAAGAGCUCCAAACAGCCGAAGCUGAAUUAGACAUCAAUGAAAACUUUAUUUCCCAUGAGCCCCCUGGGCGGCCCCGCACUAAGUCAGACCCCACCCAGCAGAGUACAGAGGAAAUAGCUGGGGUUUUAGAGAACCCAGCAGUGGAAAAUGCAGGAUUCAGAAUCCGAGCCCAAACAAUGGGUCAAUCCCAGAAGACCUCACGAUACUUCUGUGACUCCUGCAAAGCUAGACAUAGGGCAGAGGGUAUGUCAACAGCAGUGAACAGUAGCGGGAGCUCGGGGAAGCACUGCUCUAGUGCUUGUGCCUCCCGAGAUGGAGGCGCUGUUGACCUAAUGGCCCUCCCGCCCCCAGGGAAUGAAGAGGAGGACGAGACCGAGGGUGUUGGAGAGAAACUGCAACCCCAACCACCUGCUAUUGCUGCCCCACCACCUGGCUUUAGGGACAACAGUUCAGAUGAGGAUGACCAAAAGAGAGGGCGGAAAGCUCGAACCUGUGCCAGCGCAGGGGUAGCCUCUGGGAAGCUGGCCCAAGCCAAGGAAGAUGUGCCUGUGACACUAAUUGAUAAUGUGGCCACAAGAACAGUCCAAGAUCAUGCCCAGGAGCUAGAUGAUGCUCUGGUUUCCACCUUACAGGCACUAGAGGCUCUGGCAGCUUCUGAGGACUACCCCCAUCACCCUCAACAGCCAACACAGACUGCAGGGCUGAUUGUCUUAGCUGCCAUUACACCUGAGUCAUCAUUGGACUCAGGCCACGAGACCAACUCCUCUGAAUUGACAGAUGUUUCUGAAAUGGUGUCGGCUAUGAAGCAGAACCAGAACCAGGCCUACCUGCUGGCUCACCAUAUCAACAAAGAACGUAUCCUCUGCCGCCGGGACUUUCCUUUGGCUAUCCCUGGCUGCACUGCAAAGACCAUCGGGACUGGAGCCUUCUCUGUGGGUCAGAUUCGUGCUGGCUGUCCACCCAAGCAAGUAAUCCUCAGCAAAACGGUUCCCUUUAAAGUCAGUCCUAGUCAAGACUCUGCAGUUCUCAGUGUUGUGACACAGCAGGGGACUCAAGAGACUCAGACUGAACAGAAAGAAGAAAUUAAAGCAAACUCUGAGUCCACCAAAUCAAAUAUCCCUGACCCCCCUUCUAAGUCACCUGAAGAACUUAAAGUGUCUGUUGCUUCACUGAAAGCUCAAGUCAGCAAAGUACAGAAGUUAUCAAAUUCUUCUGAAGAGACACUGAGCCAAACUCUUUCUGAGGGUAUAAAGGAAAAGACAACAGCACCUCUUAAUACAGACCCUAGCAACAAAGCCUUACCCAUCCUCCUACCUGUGGACAGAAUUGCCUCUGCCAAGAUUUCUCCAACUAAAAUGUGCCAAGAUGCCAAGACUGCCUCUAGUGAGACCAUGAAGCCUUCAAGCUCUACAGAACUUCUGCCAGUUGACGACCUUUUCUGCACAUGCCCAGUUCAAAAGGAGCCUGGGCCUCAACUACGACUAAAAGAUCCACAGAUUCAGAAGAUAGUGAUGUUUCAAUCCUCCACCCCAACAGAUGACGAGCGUCUUCGGGCCAAAGGCCACCAGCUUGCUAACAGCAAAGAAAAUGCAGUAACAGUAGGAGCAGAUCCUAAUUUGGCAAAACCCAGCCCUCAAAUACAAGCCAAGUAUUCCCCUCGUUUGCCUGUAAAAGCAGAGAGAAAAGAUGCAGCUGAAAGCAAGACUGAGGGUGCACAGGGAAAAUCCCACCCUGAGUCACAGAAAUGCCCUAUAAAAUCAUUACCUAUUUUAGAUGAUCUAACAACAUCUAUCCAUCCCGUAGAUAAGGUUUCCACUCUCCCAGCCAGAGACUCAAAGAAGCAAGGCAGUGGUAAGGGGAAGUCCCAGCGCAGUGUCCCUUUCCUGAGCUUUAGAAACCUCCUUUCAGCUACGUUCCCAGCAAGAAUGCGAAGAGAAACAGAUGAGCGAAGGGCUCAGUUGCAGAAAGUUCGCCAGUAUGAGCUAGAGUUCUUAGAGGAGCUGCUGAAACCCAAGUCAGCCCAGGGAGAAUUUUUACCCCAGGGAUCCUCACCUGUGCCCUCAGGCACUCCUUGUGCCUGCCAGCUUCGCACCAGCCCUGUCCUAAAGGCUCCAGGCAUCUCCAGGGAGCAGCGACGCAGCUGUGACUGUAAGCGAAUGUGUAGGGGCAUGCGACUACCUGACACACCAGUUGGAUCUACAACAGAGACACCACACAGAGGAAGAGAGAGACCUAUCUCAAAAACCCCUCCGGCAGUCUCCAAAGCACCUCACACACAAGAUGCUUCCAGGAGACCUCAGACCUUAGAGAUCAAGACCACACGGAUACGCUCCACCAGCCUGGAGUCAAGAGAACCAAGGGGUGAGCAGGGUUCAUGCUUGCCCACCUGUACUUCUCAAACAGAUUGUACAGGAGAUCCGCAAUAUAAGAAGCUCCAGAGGCGAUACAGCAUUGGAGAGCUGGAUAACAGCACUAGCACACCUGUGUAUGCUGAGGUAAGGCCUAAAGCCAAGAGUCUAGAGAAAGAGAUGGAAAGAGUGAGGGCCACAGGGUUGAGGCUCCCCACCCCAGUGGAGCCAGUCCACAGUCAGUCUCACCAGGCAGAGGGAAAGGGGAAAAAGUGUGUGUUUUUCAUUCAGGGAGAAGAGCUACUGCGUGAAAGUAAAGAAGGGACUAGCGAGGUGCUGCUGACCUUGCCCAGUGAAGACAGUGAUGACAAGGAUAAAUGCUGCUCAUUCUGUUUCUGCUACAGGAAGUGUGAGGCAGCAGAUGAAAGCAGUGAGAAGGAUGAGCUUUCAUACUCCAUACCCCUUCAGGUCCUUCCAGGCAUGGAGCUGGACUCGCGUACUUUUCCUGUAGUAAGCAAAACACUCCAGGUUCUUAAUGCAGAGGACUGCAGUGGGGAGGAAGAAGAGGGGGAGGAGGAAGAGGAAGAGCCACAGACACAGCAGAUUGACCUAAGAGCCUGUGGUACACUGGAGGGGAGCCUAGCACGGGUACAGGCUCUACAGGGCAAAAGUUUUAGCUUGCCCGAUGGUUUCCUAAAUGCACAGUUGGAUGCUAAUGAGUUGCUAGCUAUUUUGCGUCAGUGUGCUAACAGCCCACAAGCUGAGGGCGAGGCUCGUCUUCAGCCCUCACAGAUUUCAGAGUACAAACAGGAGCUGGCGGUGCGCUUCAAAGAAUUCAGAGCAGCUUGUCGACGAGUGGCAAGUGUUGAGAAAAGCCCAACACGUAUGCUGGCUGUUGUCACAGCCAGCUUUCAAGUGUUGUGUGAACUUACUCAGACCUUCAUCAAAUUGGUCAGAGGGGUUCGUUCAGAAACCCAAAGGCUGCAGCUGUUGAGAAAAGUUGAGGAAGUAGCUAUCAACUACACUUUGCUUCUGCGUGCAGCAGAAGAAUCAAUGGGACACUCAAGCAGCUUGCCGACAAAGACAGUGAGCCCUCAAGUUUCAUCCAACACCAAUAACAUGAGCUCACUCACUCGACCCAUCAAAACUCUGCCUGCCCAGUAAGGUAAUCAAAACCGUCCAGAAUGUGGGUGGCUACUCUAUCCAAAUUCAUUAUUUGUUUGUUUACAUUUUUUACAAGACAUGCAAUGACCCAUCCUCAGUAAAAAUUGAAAUGCAGCUGUUCCAUCUCAUGUUUACAGGCCCUGAGGUAGCCUCAUGGAUCUUGUUUUGAAAUACAAAGAUACUCCAAACUAAUGCACAAUGGAAUAAGAACCCUAUAACAGACUGGGUGAUACAGGGCUAAUCACCUCAUGUCAAUAUUCACAAUACACAUUGUCAUUAUAGUAUAAUAUUUUAUGUGUAAUAUAUAUUUGGGUUGUGUCUACUAGCAAAUAAUAUGUUUUGUGAAGAAAAAAAGUUAAGAAUAUAUUUGAAAUGUAUUGAGUUAAGAGAUCUAUAAAAAAUAAUUAUAAUAAAUCAUCAGAAAUAAAUGUAUGCUCUGGACAAAAACACUUUAAAGAUCUCGUCAAGUAGCGACUUCUGUAAAUUACGUAGUCCAAAGCGUUGGUUAGAUGGUGAUGUGUUUGUUUGUUGAAUUUUCUAACUGUUGUAAUGCAAAAUGGAGAUCUCUGUUGGCUAUGUUGACAAUGCCUGGCGUAGUGAUACAAGAGUCAAAAUGUAAGUGACAGCAUUGGAAAAUGAAAAGCGCUGAAAGACGAGUGUGACAUUUUAAACUAUAAUGACUGACAGAGGCCUAUUCUCUCUCUAUAACAGGCAGACCAUGUAGCAGAGACCCAAGUCAGUCUUAACCACUAUACAGUAAUGAGUAUCGUUACCUCACUCAGCUGAAGAGAAGGAAUACCCACACUGUACUUCAUAACGCACAGUGUAUUUUACACCAUCAAUCACCAUGGCUCACUUGCACCUCACUUGUCGUUUUAAAUAUUAACAUCCACUUGCAAGUGAGUAGGCUUAUCACUAGACUUUUGCACAACCUCUGAAAUUAGCUCUGAAGUUAAAAUGUAUCUUUUAAUGUUUGAUUAAGUGUUUUUUAUUCACUCUGCUGCUGAAAACCUCACUUGAGUCCACACCACCAGUUUUACAUAAGUCAUCACCUCAAAGCUAAAGCUUACCUGUUUCAAAAGGAUCCUUUGUUUUUAUUCAGAUUUUCAGAUACAGUAUAAAUAAAUUUGCUUUCUAUGUGCUGUUAUACAUUGUGCAAUCUAGCAAAUAUAUAAGAAACACAAAAAGUAGUUUUCUAUGUAUUUUAAUAAAACUAAAACAUCUGU